GAGCGAUCAUGGACCCUGUAGGGGCAGACCCCUCAGCACCCCCAGGCCCUUUGACUCACCUGAGCCUGCCGGAGAGCUCGGAGGCGCGACCGCAGAGCGGAGCCGACGGGCGGAGCCUCCCGGGCAGUUGGACCAGGUCAUCCCCAGAGCCGGCUGCAGUCCUGAGGGAAGGUGUGCGCAGGUGCCUGCAGCAACAGUGCGAGCAGACGGUGCGGAUCCUGCACGCCAAGGUGGCCCAGAAAUCCUACGGAAAUGAGAAGCGGUUCUUCUGCCCCCCACCCUGUGUCUACCUCGCAGGUCCUGGCUGGAGGGUGAAGUCGGCGCAGGGCCAAGCCCACCAGGCAGGGGAGACCGGGCCCACGGUGUGUGGUUACAUGGGACUGGAUGGCGCAUCCAGCAGCGCCGCCGAGACGCAGAAGUUGAAUUUCGAGGAGCAGCAGGACUCCAGGGAAUUCGGUUGCGCCAAGACCCUGUACAUCUCGGACGCAGACAAGAGGAAGCACUUCCGGCUGGUGCUGCGGCUAGUGCUCCGAGGGGGCCGGGAGCUGGGCACUUUCCAUAGUCGCCUCAUCAAGGUCAUCUCGAAGCCGUCGCAGAAGAAGCAGUCGUUGAAAAACACCGACCUGUGCAUAUCCUCGGGCUCAAAGGUCUCCCUCUUCAACCGCCUGCGAUCCCAGACGGUCUCCACGCGCUACCUCUCUGUGGAGGACGGGGACUUUGUGGCCAGCGCGCGCCAGUGGGCUGCCUUCACUCUCCACCUGGCUGAUGAACACUGUUCUCAGGGGGACUUCCCGCCUCGAGAGGGCUACGUCCGCUAUGGCUCCCUGGUGCAGCUUGUCUGCACUGUCACGGGCCUCACACUACCUCCGAUGAUCAUCCGCAAAGUAGCCAAACAGUGCGCACUCCUCGACGUGGACGAGCCCAUCUCCCAACUGCACAAGUGUGCAUUCCAGUUUCCGGGUGGUCCUCCAGGAGGGGGUGGCACAUACUUAUGUCUCGCCACAGAGAAGGUGGUGCAGUUUCAGGCCUCCCCCUGCCCCAAGGAGGCGAACAGGGCGCUGCUCAAUGACAGCUCCUGCUGGACCAUCAUCGGCACGGAGUCGGUGGAAUUCUCCUUCAGCACCAGCCUGGCCUGCACCCGGGAGCCUGUCACUCCAGUGCCUCUCAUUAGCACCCUCGAGCUGAGUGGCGGGGGCGAUGUGGCCACGCUGGAGCUCCACGGUGAGAACUUCCACGCCGGGCUCAAGGUGUGGUUCGGGGACGUGGAAGCCGAAACCAUGUACAGGAGCCCGCGGUCCCUGGUGUGCGUGGUACCCGACGUGGCCGCCUUCGGCAGCGACUGGCGCUGGCUGCGCACACCCAUCACCAUACCCGUGAGCCUCGUGCGCGCCGACGGCCUCUUCUACCCCAGCGCCUUCUCCUUCACCUACACCCCCGAGUACAACGCGCGGCCCGGUCCCCCGGGCGUCCCCGCGCCGGCCGCGGACGCUGACGCGCUCCUGGAGAGCAUCCACCACGAGUUCACGCGCACCAACUUCCACCUCUUCAUCCAGACGUAGUCAGCGCGGCCUGGACGCUGAGGCUGCCGCCGCUGAGGGGCGUGCCGGGGCCUAGCACCAGGGCCGGUUUUCUGGGUCCUAGGCCCUGCCCCCUGCCACUUUGCUGCGGAAGUGAAGCAUGCAGCCAGAGCAGCAGCAGGCGCUCACCCUAGAAACCCAGCCCUGCGGAUCUUACAGGUCUUUUUCAGCCUAAGAAGACACGACCUGAGUGAUGCUCCCUUUGUGACCAGUUAGGAAUGUGGCUUUCCCUGUCUUUGCCUCUGUUUCAUUCUCUAAAUCAAUCACACACUCUCUCUCUCCCUCUAACUUUGUAGAUCUCUCUUAUUCCUGCAUCCCUAUCCCUCCAUCUUUCUCUUUCUCCUUCCAUGUGUCUUGCAUGCAGUUUCACACACCAUGAAAAGCCAAGCCCAGCGCAUCUACCCUCCAGGCAGCUGUGUCUCCCCUUGAAGAGAAAACACACAGUUUCACACACCCAAGUGUGGGGCACAGGCUCAUGAGGUGUGGCCUGCUUGCUCUGAAGCACCAGGUCCUGCCCGGAAUAUGAGGUAUGACCUACUGUGCCGGGUUCCACCUGGAGCACCAGGUCCCUUCUGGAACACUGGAUCCCACCCAAAGCACUGAGUACCCCCUGGAGUGUGGAGGGCUUGCCCUGGAGUACUGGGUUCCACCCUGGAAUACAAAGCCCUAACCCCUCCUUGGACUUCCUGUGGCUGCUGUGAAGCCCAGGACCUGCACUGGCGUUUGCUUUCCUGCCCAUAACUUUGGUGGCUGGGCAGGUGCCUGGGGCCGUGGCCAGGUCUUUCCAUCUUAACUGAACGGAGCCAAAUCUCUGGAAGGCCCAGUAAGAUGCAGUCCUGAGGGUCUGAGAUUGCUCUCUUGUGCUAGCAUCAACCUCUGUCCAAGGCAGCGCCUGAUCUGUAUGAUGCAACUCACCACCGAGGGAGGUUACCCAGGGUACUUCUACCCAGACACACAGAGAAAAGACCACAUGAGUGAUGGAGCAGGGAGCUUACAUUUCUGACCUCUUCUGGAGGAGGAACGGGAUUCAGACGCAGCCAGCAUCCCUGAGCCCCCGUCCUUGCCCUGGAAGCCACCUGUUGCCUCUGAGGACUUUACCCUACUAGGCUUCUCUCCACCUGAAGCAAAGAUGCACCUGAGGCCCGGGGCAACCACAGGAUGCAAAACAAAACUUUCCCAGGACAACUCCAGGCAGAAUUCUUGGGGCUGACUGGGCGAUAACCCAGCAGAGAGAGGAGCUUUGCAUGGUGCUCAGGGACCAAAUCCUAACCAUCCCUGGCCGGCCUUCCCACCCUCAGCUAAAUCCGUGCUCUACAGGGAGGGUCCUGGCUCUGGCUGUUGGAACUGUGGGCACAGAUAUUAUAGGUGCCAUGUCCCUGUACCAGCCCCUUGGGGUGCCAAAUGGGGAAACCUGGUCUGAAGAGUGAGUUCAGAGUUCUCAUCCCUCUGGGCCCGUCUUUGUACUCUUGAGUAAGUUCAUUUCCUGUGAAACUCCUCCCCUAGCAGGUGGGAACCACGACUCCCCACAGUGAGAAAGAAGAAAGUGACAUUUCCCAAGGGAACGAAAAGGGGUUUGCUCUUUAAGCUCCCCAAAGUCUUGACUAAGUUCUGCCCUCAGCAGCCCAAAACCCACAAUGAUGGGAAAAGAGAAGCUUGUUCAAAGCCGGUCAUGACUCCUGAGAGUGGCUCCUGGCUGAGGAAGGCAGGGAACAAGUUGAUGGGAAAUGUCUCCGACAAGAGUGCCCCCCACCAGGAGAGUUUGAGCUCACUGCCCCAUGACGCUGUUGAAGCGAGAAGCCACUUGUAAAGCGGCUGAGAGGAGUUUCAUAACAUGAGGAGUUGGGGGCUCAAGGGCCCUUCCUGCCCUCAAGAACUUCCUCCGCCACUCCACAAGGCAGCAGUCCCAGAAGCCAAGGACCCAGGUUGGCCAGAAAGCCCAACCAUGCAGCUCUUUUUUUUUUUUUUUUUUUCCCCCACACCCCUCAGGGCAUCCCAGGACCCUUCAUCUCACCUACAUACCCACCUGAAAGUCUAUGUCUUCUGAUUUCCAGCUGCUGGGUUGGAGGUCUUCCCAGCCCCCAGGCUGAAUCCAUCCAACAUCAAACUCCCCUCCUCCCUCCCUCCCUCCCUCUCUCCUUCCUCCUCUCCUCUUCCUCCACUACUGCUCUGCUCUCCAAACCCAGCUCUCCAAACCUUCUUCGAGAUUUCCCCCAAGAAAAUCUGGCUGCAUAAUUUGUGGGGCCCAGGGCUAAAAGGAAAUGUAUGACCCCCUUGUUAAAAAAUCAUUAUGAAUUUCAAGACAGCGAUAGCAGAGCAUGAAAUCAAGGCAGGGCCCCGCUAAGCACGGGGCUUUGUGUGACUGCCCAGAUCACAAGGCCAAGAAGCCAGCCCUGGCCCCAGGAUUCCCACCUCAUGUUCCCAUAGAACCCCACCAUGUACUGCCCACCGUGGAUCAAAGGGCUUUAUGUACAUGCCAGUUGUCCCAUCUAGACUGUGAGUUUUGGGUGGAAAGGAGCUCGUCGCUGCGUGCCCUAGGAGGUGCAUUACAAUGCUCUGAACCUUGGUUGGCGCUCAAUAAACAGCAAAUUGCCUUGCA